AUGCCUGAACUUGUACCACCAACAAAUAAUCGACCCCAUGUGCAUGAGACACUCGACUUAGCCUCACAACCUUCCUCGGGUAGUAAUAGACAACCCCGUGAAUUAUGCAAAAAAUGUAAUCAGUUGAUCGUUGAGGGCCACGCGUAUGAGUUGGGCGACGAUAGAUGGCACAUCCAUUGUUUCAACUGUUCAAAAUGUAACACGUCUUUGGGUUGCAAUUCAAACUUUUUGGUUUUGGGUAAUGGGAAUUUGAUUUGUUCAAACUGUUCUUACAACUGUAAGCAAUGUGGCAGAAAGAUUGAUGAUUUAGCAAUAUUGACUGGAGAUCAAGCCUACUGUUCCAAUUGUUUCAAAUGUCGUUCGUGUAAGAACAAAAUUGAAGAUUUGAGAUACGCGCGUACAUCGAAAGGUUUAUUUUGUAUGGAUUGUCACCAGAAACUAAUGGCCAAAAAGAAGAAAUACGAUGCGAAAAAGAAACAUUUGGCGUUGCUUCAAGAGAAGAGAUUACAGUUGGAACGAGAAAAGGAUCAACGUGAAAUGCAAAUAUUGGAGGAUCAUAAACGGUCAGUCAACUCAUCCAGAAACAGUCUAAUUCAGUCGUAUAUGAAUAACCAAAGCAACCAAUCAGGAGAAAGCUUAUUGUAUCAACAGAACAACCGCUCGGUGACCUCAGUUACCUCGUCCAAAAACAAGUCGUUGCCUUUACCCCCAACAGCCACAUCACCAACAAGACCAACUCCCUACACUGCAAAUUCGUAUCAAUCCAAGGAUUCAAUUUCGGGGAAAAACAAGACCGAUUCAUCCCUUGGUUCCUUGUCAACAUCACAGACCUUGUCAGAACACACAAACAAAGGAAAUUCGACUUUACACAACAGUACCGGGCUUCAUAAUCCGCCAAUAUUUCAGUCAGAUAACGAUUUUUCCAUUGAAGAAGUUCAGAACAGCUCUGACUCAGAUACGAAUGGUGAUGAAAAGAAAUCAAAUGGUACUUCAUUGCGAAAUAAAAAUUCCAAUAGAAGCUCGAAAGUUCUGCCUUUUGUAAACCAAUACUCAACGCCUCCGUUGUCUUCUGAUCAAUUGAGUACCGACGAAAUAUCAGCUGAUACCGGUGAGAAAACUGUUUACUUGGAUAUUAUAGAUACUCCUCCAGAGUCCAAGGCUGAUCCACUUUCUGGAAAUCAAUUAAAACCCGCCCUUGACGUGUCCCCGGGUGGAAACCCUGAACAGAAAUCUAAGAAUUUCCUUAUUUUAUCACCUAACCAAUUCCACGAUAAUGAAUUCCAUAAUACUAGAUCCCCCAUGAUCGAUUCUCCAGGAACAAUUAUUAGUCAAAAUUCGAACCAAAACACGAAAGCAGUUAACCUAUCAGUAGAAGAUAAACCUCGCUCCGGGUGCCCUUCUCCAUUUGCCAAAGUUAAUAGACAGGCACGAGUUGUUGAAACGAAUGAUGAAAUACUGACAGAUGGAGUUGACGAUGAUUUAGCAAUUGGAACACCAAGGCAAGAAAAACCUUCGAGGGCAGGUACCUCGAAAUCGGUGUCUUCCCCACCACCAAGGGUGCCAUUACCUAGCACUCCUUCUAGAGGCGACGAUGCCUCCAAAAAAUUCAGUUUUGUUGAAACACCAAAAGGUUUAGGAUUAGAGGGGGUAGAUUAUGACAAUCAUGAGGAUCAGAGAAGUUACAUUAAACUGCAACAAGAUCAACGACAACAUGAUAUAAGUGAGAAAACUAGCCCGUCCUCAAUAAUGUCUACACCUAAAAGGGUUGUUGGCAAUUUUUCACCUGCAGUAACCAACUUGGAACCAAAGAACUCAGAUUGGUCAAAUGACCAACAACACAAACACCUGCAAAAGAAUCAGAAUGUCUCACGUACUGCUUCAAUUAUCAAGAACUUGAAACACAAGCGUUCCACUUCAGGAAAUCAAAAUAAGUUAGCUGCACUUUUCACAACAAGCAAUAGAGAGGAUCAUAGAAACGGUCACACAAGACAAACAUCUGAUGGAUCACUUUUUAGUAGUAUCGCCAAUGCUUACAUUUCCCCACCAAUAACUAAUAGUGGGUUGGGUGGACGUAGUCAUAUAAGACUGACAUCAGACUCAACAGUAUUGUUAUCAGACGAAGAUCAUUACAACAAUGUUGCUAUGAAGAGUGAGAUUGAGCAAUUGAGCAGUAGCAAAGCUUUGUUAGACCAGGAUGUUAAGAAAUUGAGAGAUGAAAAACAUAAGCUUAAUGAACAGUUGAAGAUGAUACAAUCUAAAAUUUCGUCGGAAUCGAUUCGAUACGACAAUUUAGUGGCUGAAAUUGCUGAAUUACAGGCACAAAAGACAAAGAUAACGAACGAGAAUAAAGAGUUGAUUGAACAACAAAAGAAUAGACAAGCUUCUGGUGCCACUGGAAAACUAUCAAAGUCUUUUAGCAACGAUUCUGAUCCUGAUGCCUCUACGUUGGGCAAGAGUGUCAAUACACACCUUUCACCUUACAAGAACUCAUCAGAUAGCACUCUGGUUGUAUCGAGGGAUAAUUAUGAAUACCUGGAUCAUUUGUCUCCUGAGAGACACCAAGCGCAAUAUCAACAACAACAACAACAAUACCAACAGCAAUAUCAUCAACAUCAGCAGCAACAAUCCACUGAGGACGAACAAACACACAAGGCAACACGGUUGAAAUUUUGGAGAAGACCAAAAGUAGGAACAACACAGGCUAUCCCAUCUAAUGAGUAUAAUAACAAUAGCAACGCACCCAACAAUGGUGGCGGAAGAAUCCCGAAUAGUUUCUCAACUCAGGCAUUGCGUAUACCUGCUCAAAAUUCUGGUAAUUCAUUCAAUAACAGCGGGGCAAAUAACAAUAACCAGCAAAAUAAAUUCUCCAAGUCUAAAUCAAGCAAUAUAUUAGACUCAUUGCUUUCUGGAGACUCAAACCAGGUACCACUUUUUGACAGCACUUUACAGCAACGUGCAGACUAUGAAAAGAAUCAAGUUCCAAUCAUUGUUACUAGAUGCAUAGCUGAAGUUGAGAAACGAGGAUUAGAUUUUGAAGGUAUAUAUCGUAUUUCCGGGGGAAACUCUGCAAUUGUGUCUAUUGAAAAUGCAUUUGCCAGUUUAUCCAAUGAUCCCGACGAGAAACAAUUAAGCCGAGUGGAAGAAACGUUGGAUGUAGACAUCCAUGCUGUUACUUCAGCAUUGAAGAGAUACUUACGGAAGUUACCUGAUCCAGUUAUUCCAUUUGUCUUGUACGAAGACUUUAUUAAUGUAUCAACUAAAGCUUCCCAUUCCAAAGAGGUGCGUAUAGCAGAAUUACAAAAGAUUGUUGGCAAAUUGCCCCCAGCAAAUAGAGAGACAUUGAGAUUAAUUGUGAACCAUUUACAUUUGGUGAAUUCGUUGCAAAAUGUAAAUAAGAUGGGUUAUAAGAAUUUAUCAGUUGUAUUUGCUCCAACUUUAGCGAAGGACAAAUCUGGCGACAAUGAAAUGGCCGAUAUGGGAUUUAGAAACGAUUCAACGGAGUUACUAUUGACAGAAUCACAUAGAAUCUUUUAG